CCCCCCAUUUAUAAAUAAAGGCGAGGGGAGUGGAGGCGGAUCCAGAUCAGCUCCACCACCACCCCGCUUGCUGCGCACAAGCAACGCAAUCAACAAGAAAGCACAUCACCACCAACAGCAAUCCACCAUGGACUUGGCGACGGAGGCGCUGGGCAACCUGCUUCCCAAGCUCGUCCAGCUACUGCAGGAUGAGUACAACCUGCAGACGGGCGCCAAGAAGGACAUCCAGUUCCUCUCCAGCGAGCUCGAGACCAUCCGCAUCGCCCUCCGCGAAGUGGGUGAGGUGCCAAGAGAGCAGCUCGGCGACCUGCAAAGGGUCUGGACCCGGGAUGUGAGGGAGAUGUCCUAUGAUAUGGAGGACAUCGUCGACGCCUUCAUGGUGCGCGUCCAGGGUCCUGAUCCCCACAGCAAAAGUAGCGCUGGACAGAUCUUCAACCUCAAGUAUAUGAUACAAAAGUUCACCAAGUUCAUGGCUCGCCGUGAGGUCGCCCAGAAGAUCAGGGACAUCAAGGAGCGUGCCCGGGAAAUCACCGAACGACGUGACAGGUACAAGGUUGAUAUUAUUGCUCCUUCUAAGAAAACCCUUGUCGACCCUCGCCUGAAAGCACUGUACACCGAGGCGACUGAGAUUGUUGGCAUUGAAGAGGCAAAAAAAGAGGUAAUCGCAGGGUUGACUGAGGGAGAUGGUGGCCAGCAGAAAAAAAUAGUCUCUAUUGCUGGUUUUGGAGGACUUGGGAAGACAACACUUGCCAAAGCAGUGUAUGACGAGAUUAAAGGACAGUUUGAUUGCACGGCUUUUGUUUCGGUGUCUCGCAAUCCUGACGCAAAGAAGCUUCUCAAGGACAUCAUGUAUGAGCUUCACAAGGGAGGACAACCUGGUGCAAUUUUUGACGAAAUAAAGCAUCUCAUUGAUCUUGUCCGUGAUUUUCUCCAUAACAGGAGGUACCACAUUGUUAUUGAUGAUUUAUGGGAUAAAGAAGCAUGGGAUAUGGUAAUAGGGCUUGCUCUAGUGGAGAAUAACAUGGGAAGUAGAAUAAUCACAACCACACGUAUCAUUGAUGUUGCUGAGCAUGUCGGUGGCUGCUAUAGGCUCAAACCACUUUCUGACGAGAGUUCUGAAAUGUUAUUCUAUGGAAGGAUAUUUGGCUCAAAAGAUAAAUGUCCUAGGCAAUUUUCUGAAGUAUCUAAAAGCAUUCUGAAGAAAUGCGGAGGUGUCCCUUUAGCUAUCAUCACCACGUCUAGUUUGCUAGCUAAUAAAUCAGAGGAUAUAAGAGUGUGGAAUGAUGUUUGUAACUCAAUUGGUUCUGGACUUGGGAGGAAUCCUGGUAUGGAAUAUGGAUGAUAUGAGGAAGAUACUGCUACUUAGCUAUUAUGAUCUUCCUUCUCAUCUAAAGACAUGUUUAUUGUACCUAAGCAUAUUUCCCGAAGACUACAAAAUUAACAAGGAUCGGUUGAUAUGGAGGUGGGUAGCUUAAGGUUUUGUCCAACAAGACCAACAACAAGUAGCUGGAGAUCAAAGUUUCCUUGAGAUUGGGGAGAGUUACUUCAAUGAGCUUUUAAAUAGAAGCCUGAUUCAGCCCGCGAACAUUAUUGAUGAUUUGGAUGGUACACCUCGUUCUUGCCGUGUGCAUGAUAUAGUGCUUGAUCUCAUUAUUUCCUUGUCAGUAGAAGAAUGUUUCGUUACCACUGUAUUAGAUGAUGGGAUGAAAAGCAAUGUUCGCAGGUUAUCUCUGCAUAACAAGAGUGCUACUUGGCCUGCCAUGAAGAUGCCAAAACUGAGGUCCCUUACCAUUUUCACACCUGCCGGUGUGAUAAUUGAUCCAACACCUUCCCUUUCACAUUAUCUUCUUUUACGUGUACUGGAUCUACGAGGCUGCGAACUUAAUACAAUUGCAAACCUGGGGUUUGUUGGGAGCUUAUCUCACCUGCGGUACCUUGGUCUAUCAGGUAGUACCAAUAGUUUUGAUUAUCCUGAUCAGCUCCCAGAAGAGAUAGAGAAGCUGCGGUUUCUGCAGACGCUGGAUUUAUCUUAAACUAGGGUAGCAGAACUACCAUCGAAUGUUAUUACAGGCCUAGAACAAUUGAUGUGCUUACUUGGUGGUGUUCGGCUGGGUUAUGUCACAAGGCUGCGAGAUGGGCUGAAGAAGCUGACCUCCCUUGAAGUGUUACAUCAGGUAGUUGUUAUGUCUGGAUGCAUUGCUGAAGAGUUGGGCCAUCUGACCCAAUUGAGGGUACUUGAUGUUAAGGUCACAUUAUCUGCAUCUGAUGAUGAUGAAUGGACAACGUGUAGUGAAGCUCUGUUGGAAUCUCAAGGCAAACUGACCAAAAUUAAAAAGUCUUCAGAUUUUUUUUUAAUUCUAAUAUAGCAAGUCUUGAUGGCUCAAUGACGGGGCAACUAGGCAACCUAUGCCGGCUUAGCAUUACUAACGUCACCGUGGUGCCCAAAUGGAUUAGACGUGCAUGUCUACCUGUCCUCUCCUACCUAAAAAUAGUUGUGUGGCAGGAGCAAAGGGAUGACAUUCAAGUCCUGGGCACCCUGCCGUGUCUUCGUCAUCUCAUAUUCAAUGUGAGAGAAGGAGUGGUGGAAAGGUGUGCGGUUGGGGCUGAUGCUUUUCAACGUGCGGUAAGCUGUGAAUUUAAUAUAGAGGGAGCAGGAGCAGGAGCAGGAACAGGCGUGCUCCCGUGCAUGUUCCCACGAGGCGCUAUGCCCAUGCUCCAGGACUACAAGUUCAGUAUUGGAUAUGAGCAAUUACGGAGUGUGGCCGUUGAGGACCUAGGUCGUCUGAACCUUGGCCACUUCACAUCCCUUCGAAGUGUCACUGUUCGUGGCCUUGAUGUGCAUUACAUAGGUGGUGAAGCCAUUAUAAAAGAUAAGGUCAAGGGCGUGAGAGAGAAGCUUGAGCAGGAGGCGGCUGCCCACCCCAACCAUCCUCUUCAAAUUCAUGGGCGUUUUGCCUUUUAGCACAUACGUAACUUCAUACUGCGUGGCCGCAGCCUCCCUCUCCUGCAAGUGCACCGCUGCCUCCGCCCUCGAUGGAGAGAAGAAGCAGAAGCCGUCCGAGAUCCAGUCUGGCAUGGAGGAAGCUGAAUCGCUGGUAAAUAAAUGCAUCAACGCAUUUUGUUCCAUAUGCACAUAUAGAUUCGUCUGUAAUUGAGAUCGAGUACACAUGCUGGAUGGAGGAUUUGAGCUAGCAGGUCAGUCAAACAAUCACGAAUUCAUCUUUUCACAGCAAUUUUGACUAGUAAUAAUCUAGUAGAAAGCUGGAUUAUUUUAUUUCCCGUGAAAGCACAUUGAGCCAGAUCUCAUUUGGUCUUGGAGCUCAAUGUAUCUGCACAUCUAUUUGGAUGCAUUGAUACUUGAAUCGAGACUGCACCUAGUUUUGGGUAAAUCUCAUGUGCCGGAUGCCUUUGACAAUACCAAUUGUGAGCAUUGAAUUGUAAUCUCGAUGUAGCCAAGCCUUCUGCAUGCUCUGUCUCAUGUUCAUGUAGUUUGUACUAAUUAUAAUGUGCCCAUGUUUUUCCUUCUUGACAAUCAUUUUUAGUUGACAGUUUACUAAAAGGUCUCAAGCACGCUGCCCAUGAUUCAGAUCAGAUAUUCCUAGUAUGAACAAAAGUGGUUCUUUAUUUUUAUUACUCCUUGACCAUUCCAACCUCUGUGGCUCUGUACCAUAUUGCCAGCAUCAGUUUGUGAGUACUACCUCUAAUUAAAUCCACCUACCUCUAAUUAAAUCUUGCUACGUCUCAAAUCGCUUAGGUUUUUCUCAUCAUCAAAAUACUGAUUUCAGUAUUACCUACAGAUGUGCAGAGCAAGGAGAAGAAUGUUGGAAGGAUAUCGGGGAGGUUGCCAAGUGAAACAACAUGGGAUCUGCAAAGGUUGCUGGCUAGAGAGGGAUCGCAGGCCUGCCAAAUAGUUGUAGAUAGCUAGGCAUGUGCACUAGCAUAGCAGUUGCUGUAGCAACGGGUAACUGUCAGCUCAUCAAUCAUGCAUGUAUUUUGUGCAGCAAGUUGGAUACUAGGACUGCUUGCCGGAGAUUGCACGUGCUGGCGGUCACCAGAGGAAAUCGAUGCAUCUAUGACGAACAACUUUCGUCACAGAAGGAUCCAAAUUCAUCGUGCAAAGAAUCCUGUGACGAAUUUGUGACGAUUA